UAUGUCGUCUGGUGAAAACGCACACACUAAGCCUUUAAUUGAAGAUAAUAAAGAGAAGAUGGAGCCUACCUCAUCAAAAAGUUUCAAAAUAGCAUCAGUUGUUGCUCUAUACUGGUUUGUCUCCAUAUCAUUGGUGUUUCUCAACAAGUACCUACUAAGUAGUCCAUCUUUAGACCUACAUUGCCCGUUAUUUGUUACAUGGUUUCAAUGUGUCGUUACUGUUGGUACUUGUUUCGUCUUUUCUCAGUUAUCUAGGGUGGCACCUCAACAAAUAUCAUUUCCUGCUUUUGUCAUCAAACUGGACAUACUGAAACAAAUUCUUCCACUGUCUCUUGUGUUUGUUGGAAUGAUAACGUUUAACAAUCUCUGUUUGACGUAUGUUGGUGUUGCAUUCUAUUAUGUCGUCAGAUCUUUGACGACAGUUUUCAAUGUGAUUCUAUCGUAUGUAAUAUUACAACAAAAGACUUCGUUCAAGUUAUUGAUAUGCUGUGGCGUGUUGGUUUUUGGUUUCCUUCUAGGCGUUGAUCAAGAGGGUUUAGUUGGUUCAUUGUCUAUUUUGGGCGUGUUAUUUGGAGUUGGAGCAUCUGCAUGUGUUGCUUUAAACGCUAUUUACACCAAAAAAUUCCUAGCUGUUGUUGAUGAGAAUGUUUGGAGGCUUACUCUGUACAACAAUGUAAAUGCUUGUGUUCUAUUUUUACCCCUGAUGAUUUUGUCAGGGGAAGUUUCAAAAGUUAUUCACUUCAACCAAAUUACUAGUAUAUAUUUCUGGACAGCAAUGACUAUAGCGGGUGUCUUUGGAUUUGCUAUAGGAUUUGUAACUGGACUUCAAAUAAAAGUUACCAGUCCUCUGACACAUAAUAUAAGUGGAACUGCCAAAGCUUGCGCUCAAACUAUCAUUGCUACCUCCUACAAUCAUGAUGUUAAACCAUUAUUAUGGUGGGCAUCUAAUGCCAUUGUUCUAGCCGCAAGCGCUGCUUACACAUAUUUGAAAAAGAAAGAAAUGAACCAAAAAGAUUUCGAAGAGAAAUCGAGGCUUGAGGAAGUUGUGGUCAAGGGGAAAAAUGGAUCUGACCUGUCUAAAGUUUAA